AAUGCAACCCGCUAUCGUUCGUCACCUACGGAUCAGCUGUGCCAUUAUCGUCUGAUAGAAGAGCCCGGAGGUGCUUUUCAAGGGAGGCAAGCGCUAACCACCAAUAUGGCCACAGCACAGUCAGUCUUAAUGUUAGCAGUAUGUAUUCUCAUGAUAACUGACUUCAUACUGGCACAGAGGGACUACUAUGACAUCCUAGGUGUGCCAAAAGAUGCCUCAGAGCGCCAGAUCAAGAAGGCCUUCCAUAAGCUAGCCAUGAAGUACCAUCCUGACCGAAACAAGAGUCCUGACGCAGAGGCAAAGUUCAGGGAAAUAGCUGAGGCGUACGAGACGUUAUCAGACGAUAAGAGGAGACGGGAAUAUGACCAGUUUGGACAUGGCCCCUCCCCCGGUGAGCCAGGCACAGGAGGUGGGAGGAGUGGACAGCACUUCCACCAGAACUUUAACUUCAACUUUGAUGACAUGUUUAGAGACUCAGACCUGUUCGGUCAUAACCAGCACUCCCAUCAUGCCCAUCACAAGAGGGCCUUCGACAGCCACUUCCAGGACCACCAACAGGCCCAUCAGGAGGCCCAGAACAGGCACAAGAGACACUUUCAGGGCUCCUUUGGUGGAGAACUGUUUGACGACGUGUUUGAGGACAUGGAGAAGAUGUUCUCAUUUAACGGAUACACGGGCGGGGCGGACAGCCGGUUCCAGGGCUCAGCAAAACAACACUGCAGGACAGUGACACAGCGCAGAGGGAACAUGGUCACCACAUACACAGACUGUUCUUGAUUUAUCAUCACCAGAAACACAUCCCACAUCCCACUACUCACUGGGUAUGGGUUUAGCUAUUGUGGUUAUUUUGGAAUUACUGUUCAUUUAGCACUUUGUGGAACAUGAUUUUGGGUGGUUUUGGAAAUGAAAAAAGUGUGCUAUAAAUGUGUUUAUCUAUGGCCCGUAAAACAAACUGUUCUCAAGCAAUACCUUUCACUCAUUUAGGAUAUAAUUAA